GUAGUCAAACGACAGUUCGCGCCGAAAACGAUUUGGAGCUGAUGUGAUCAGCAGCAAACGCUCAGUGUAGUUCGUGUCGCCAAACCAUUCUGUCAUGUUCGUCGUCUUUGCCUUUUAUUAUCGAUAAAAGCUUUCCCUUAGCGGGUAAUUUGUAAGCAAUUUAGUGUGAUUUAAUUAGCGAAAGAUUGAAUUUUCUAUUGAAGGCCUUAAUAAACUGUGUAGACAAUAAGUGAAUGUAAGUUGUAAUAAAAUAUUGAACAUACGUACAUGUAUGCAAUAAAAAAAAAAUUAAUAUUAAUUGACUUCAAUAAUAAACUAAGGACCUGAAAGGUUGAUCUUCUUGAGCUUCUGCGCAACUGUGGCUCUUACUUAUUGAUGAGAGUUUAAAUUGCUGAAAAAAUUGUGAAAUAACGACUUCAUAUACAUCAUCAAAAUGUACUCACAACCCACAUACGCCCUCGUCACGUGUUUAAUUUCAAUUUGCACGGCGAUACGUGUUGAUUUUAAUACGAAUAAAGGCCCUAUAAUACCCCCAACGCCACGUACAACAAUUCGUCCGGUGGCACCGUUCCGAGAGCCGGCGCCGGUUUGGGAAGAUCAAAGCAACGAUAUACUCAAUCCAAAUCCAUACACUUACAUUUUACCACCGCCAGCCCGACCACGACCAACCGCCAACGGCAAUAACUUUGCCAACGCCGGUCAAAGGCCACUGCAUUACUAUGGCAACCUUUUGCUGCCCUCCAAUGCAAACGCAGGGCAAUUCACCGGACAGGGCAGCGCCAAUAUGGGAGGCGGUAGUUUGGCAGCAAAAUACGUACCCAAUGUUGGUAUUAGAUACACGGCGGUGGUGGCGUCGUCAAGCUCAUAUGACAACAACAGCAACAACAAUAACAACAACUACUAUAAAAACCAACAAGUUAAUCGCAAUAACGGUGCUGGCAAUUACUUUGACGUGAACAACAAAUUACCGGGCAAAUAUUAUAAUGCGAAAACGAAAAAGUUCAAAGCAUACGAGAAGGUCAAAUACGUGCCACAAAACUAUUCUCCACUCAUUCAAGAAUUGGCUCUACCCAACGAAAAGCCUUAUACAAGCGUUUUUAAUCAAGAUCAGCUGAUACGCACCCAACAAUUGCCACGCCCUGAUGCGCCAAUCGCCUUUCUCCCGACGAAAAUUGUAGCUACCGAAGCCACGGCGAAGUUGACAACCUCCGAGUCAGCUCCUACACCCACCAUAGCCAGAACAACAACUUCAGCUAAAAGCACAAUCGCCGCCGAGUCCAAGUUGGCGCAUGAAAAAGAUUCGCCGCUGAGCAAAAGCAAAUCGCUUCAUCCAUCGAAAUCACACCUGAAAUUACCAAAUAUCUCGACAAGCACUCAAACAGCAGCUACAGCAUCAGCGGGGGCUCAUACGGCUAACGCGAUCUCGGGUGCGAAGAGCAGGUGAAUGUUUGAAUAACAUAACCGUUACGGCUGUUUAGGUUUGCUAUCGCUGAUUUAGGACUCAACAGCAAGACACACAAAUUAAAAAAAAAUGCUAACAAUUGCAUUUAUAUACGUACAUACUUACAUACACACGUACAUGUCAGUCAGAAAUGAAAAAUUGUAUUUCCUUCUGCAAAUUUUAAUUAACUAACUGUUUUUUAAUCAAUGGUCAAUCGUUGCAUAUGAAAACUCCACUGUCUUCCAUAGAGUACACACAUAUACACGUAUGUGCCGAAAUAAAUGUGUUCAAGUAAAUAUCAUGUAAUUAUGCUAAUACAAACAUACACACGUAUAUACAUAAUAAAUGCAUCUGCUUUGCCAUAACUCAAAUAAACUGGAUAAUAAUAGAAACAAACUUAACGAAAAAAUGUACAAUAUAUAAAACUAUAAUCUUUUAAACAAACAUAGAACUGGUAGAAAGAGUUUACAUAUAUAAAAAUGUUAUUAUUAUAAUAUUAAAUGUAAAAUGCAUCAGUUGCAAUUAUAUCAGAUAUCAGAUAGUACUCGUAUGGGUUUUGUUUAAUUAAUGAUUUUUUCUCAUAAGAUAUAAUUGUAAAUAAUUAUAUACGAAUAGGAAAACGAGCAAUAAAACUGAAUACA